UACUUUUUUGUAUCCAUGUUCUUAUACCACUCUCGUUAUUUCCAGUUACUUAAAGGCAAGAUUCAUGGAACUAUUGAUAUUGGUACUUCAGUGAUCAACACAGAGAAAGAGGAUGACAAGAAGGCCAGAAGAAUUGACAUUGAUAAUGAGGAAUUCCUAUAUCAUUUAAAGAGCAGUAGUCUUGAGGAGUUUCUUGCAUGGAAAGAGCACCUCCAGAAGCACCAGACAUACCGGAAGCAGUUCUUGGCCUCCAAAAAAGAUUAUCCAAUCUAUACUGUUACAGCCAAUACUCCAACUAGCGAUGUCACCCUCAAAGCUUUAACACUGGAGAAACGUCGGCAAACUUUGAAGAAACAACAGUCAUCACGUUUGCUGUCAAAUCAGGACCGUGUAGCACAGUGGGUGAGGGACUCCUCAGCAUUAGAUGUGUGUCAAAAAGGUUUGUUGAAAAGAAAAUUUUUUACAGUUGCAUUGCCUUUUUAUUUUAUUUAAGAUAUUCUUUGCCAUUUACUUUAGUAGUUACCAACAUUAUUGCAUUUGUAGACCCAUCAAGACAAUGGUACAAGUUAUCACAGACCCCCAAGUUCUCAUCGUCGAUAGUCCACAAUCUGCGCAGUCCCAGCUUUUUGCGUAAUAAUGUAAUUUGUUGAGGGGUCUGGCCUCCCACGAAAAAAAUUGUUUUCAGAUGCUCAAGGAUGCAGUUUCCUAGAUUUUCUUUAUUUACUUUACUUUAGAUUUUUCAGACUUUAUUUGUGUGGCUAUGAAAAAUGAUGAUGAUGAUGAUAAUUUUCAAUUUUAAUUUAUUUAAAUUUUAUUCAAAAAACACCUCCAAGAAGGAGAACGUCAAAAAUUCAGACAAAAUACAGAAGGAAAGCUAAGAAAUAUCGAAUAAAAAACAAUUCAUCAACCAGAUUAAUCCAGAACAACAAUUCAUGAAAUUGAAUCCCAUGCAGUACCAGUAAAAUAUCUCAUAUGACAUCAAAAAAGUGAUAGAAUUCCUCUUAAGAGGUCACCAUUAUAAUUUUCAGAAUAAUGAAUGAGUGACUUUUUACACCUUUUUUUUUUUACAAAAGAGUGAGUAUUGCUUUUAACCAAGACAAACUUUUUUGAAUGAAAACAAAUUGUCCCUACAAGUUGACAUUACUCUGUUAAUUAUAGUACUGUAGGUGGUAUCACCAUUUGGUGACAAGGUCAAGUUCCAUAGCUUUCUUAACGUCAUAAUCUUGGGAAUUUAAAAAGCAGUUAACCCUCUGGAUACCGGAUUCUUUUGUAGUGCAAACCCUUGAAUACCGGAUUCUUUUGCAGUGUAACUAGGUUUUUUGCGUUUUUUGAGUAUACAUUGUUGUGGUGGAUUUUUGAGAACUUUCUGUAAAUUAUACAGAAAAAUGUUUCAAAAACAAAGAAAGCUUAUAGAAUAAGCUUUCAUUUGAUGUAUAAUUUAUAUUUUUAAGAUUUUUU